UGAGAGCGGUAUGCUGACGUUCAUAUUUUUAAGGAUUUGGCGUUGGGUAACACGUGUUGAGCGGGAACGUUAUCCGUUCGCGCUGACUGCCGAAUCACAAGCGCGAUUAUCGAGUGCUUCCGAGAAGCUGAUUGAAUGCUUCAGCUACAGCGAAGACAACCGCGAGAUUCUUUUGAAUGCCUAUUGUUCGGGGUUUUGUGACAAAGUGAAGUAUGGACUUUGGUGGUUUCAAAUGGUGGGGACGCUACGUCAACCUAAGUUCAUGAUGUGCGGGUGUCGCAAUUUUCCCACAGAAUGCAAUAACGUUACUUGCCCGUACAAACUGGCCUGUGAACAUUCAGUUCUCCAUCCGGAGUUAAACUGCCCUACUUGCCCCAAAAACGGAGAAUUCAUCACAGAAGUAUUUCUAUGCAACGUUUUGUCAGAAAUACUUUUGGUUUUGGAUGUCCAUUCGCAAGCCAAAGCAACACGAGUUUGUCGGUUAUGGAAUCAAGUGCUAGCUAGCUCCUGGGCACCCAGAGAUGUUUGUGUCACCGUUGAUUUUCGAGCUAUCAGCAGAAAGCCUCCGGGUCCUAAUGAAACGGAAGGGUACCAUAUUGGGUACAUGCUGGAUCAUAGCAUAACGCCCUCCACCAAAGCCCUAUCGUUAGUUAAUCUGGGGUACCGCGGUUGCGCCUUUACCGACAUGUACACCGUCUAUUCCUUGUUCUACCUAAAGAGUUUCAAAUUGCCGUACAUUUUGAUCAAAGACUUCAGUGCGUGUUCGGAACUGUUUCCAACUGAGACAGGUCAUCGUCUGUUCCGCCUGCCUGUGCUUAUGCCGGUUUGUCGGCAGUUGUUGGUGGUUAACUGUACCUUUAUAAACGCUGUCGGUUGUUUCCACCACGCGCAACGCGAUGAACGUCUAAUAACCAACGAUGCGUUACUGUCGAGAAAGCUCGAUGUUACGGUUCCUAGGAUGUCAUUUGAUUGUUCAGCUAAUGCCGGCGAAAUCCUGCGAUGCUUCAUGGAUAUCCUGGAGAAUUCUCUGCCACCAGCAGAUUCCAUUAAGGAGCGAGUGAAGCAGCAGCAUCAGCUGAUGGUGGAAACGGUACCUUACCCAGAUGGCUGGCACAAGUUCCGAAAAUUGUUGAAGAGGCACCAUUUUACACAAUUCGUGGAAAAGGAUAAUGAUGCAUUUUGGGAUAGUUUGGAUUUAAGACGUUUCGAUGAUCUGCCGCUUAGCCGCUACGUUCUGCAUUUGAUCAAUGCUAGACAUGAUUUGCCUCUAGAAGCUGUUCAUCCCUUUUGAAAUUAUUAUGUGGACUGUUAGUUCACGAACAUGCACUUCUAAUAUUUUAAUUAUGCUUCGAAAUGGUGAUAAGCCGCACUGUCUAGUGUAUAGGAUAAGAGAUGAUGCAGCAUAUUCAUACGCAACAGAAGCAUGAGAAAUCAACGUUGACUCGAGCUCGCCGUUCUUUAGAUAUUGUGGAAAUCUCCACUAAAAAAGGUGGACAUAAUAAGUUUAACUUGGGCAAUACACUGUAUUGGCUAAUCGUGGCGACGAUGUGUGGUAUUUGGCACACGUCCAGGAUAUCGACGGCGAUAAAGCUUUUGUCGAUUUCGGCUGUACUCAGAUUCCGCCUUUCUGGAUUGUUCUACAGCGCGUGUGGGAACAUCAUCAUAUUCUGGCGUUGUCUAUGGAAGAAGUGUACCACUAUUUCCCUACUCCCAACGUAUACGUUGCUGUGCGAGCCAACCAGAACUCACCAUGCGUUUUUCAUCCUGCUGAAAUGUUCAGCCUUUGUUCUGUUGAACACAAAGCGCUGUGCUAUGUAUUACUCGA